AUGGGGGGGGAGGGGGGUUGCGGCUUCCCUUGGGCUCAUCCUUCUCCUUUUUUUUUCUGGCUCCUCCUGAGUCGACCAACUCCCGAGAGUAGCCAACGUCGUUUUGAUUCUGCAUCUUCCAAGACUGCGAAACAGUGUAUACGCAAGCUCCUAUCUACCCCAUACAUAAGCCUGAGCAGUGCUGUUGGUGAACGUGAAGAGACGCGCUUCCCUCGAUCCGAUCGUCUCUCUUGCUCCCUUCCAUGCACAGCCAGGUGCCUGGGCCUGAAAAUCACCCCAUCACCAUGA